CAAGUGGUUUGAGAAGCUUCUAUAGAUGGUCUACGCUAAGACGAGCGAGCCGUAAUCUGCGAGUCCAACUCUUACACAAUACCGUUGUCGGACGCUAUCAAGCACAUACUUGCUGGCAUUCAAGCAUGAAAGCCGUGGCUGUUGUUGCUCUGCUUUUAAGAAUCCUGAUCUAGGCAAACGUCACGGGUCGGCCUACAAUCGGGGGAGGGGGGGCCGCGCUGCCGUUAUAUAUAGACAUACCCAAACGCAGCUGCAGCAGCUGCCAACAUGAAACUCACGCGUGCGCAAGCUCUGGCGGAGCUGGGACUUGAUGAAGCUGCGUCAGAAGAUGACAUUAAGAAGGCAUACAAGAAACUCGCCUUGCAAUGGCACCCAGACAAGAACCAGGAUGACAAGGAGGCCGCUACCCUGCGCUUCCAGAUGAUCUCCAACGCCUAUGCGCGCCUGUCGGCUCGCGCCCACCCGGGCGAUGAUGACGAUCUGGAGGAUCUGGAUCCAGAUGACAUCUUCGGCGAGGAUGAUUUCGACGAGUUUGAGGACCUGCUGCGACACGAGUUCUUCUGUCGCAUGUUCUUUGGCGGUAUGGGAGGUCGGGGGCGGCGAGGCGGCGGCGGCAUGGGGGGUCCCUUUGGUGGCAUGGGCGGUCCGUUUGGCGGCAUGGGUGGCGGCAUGGGCGGUGGCAUGUUCUUCCACCCCAGCAUGGG